AUGGCUGGUGUUGUUGAAUCUGAUCCUAUUCCUCUUCUUACUCCAUACAAAAUGGGCAAAUUCAAUCUCUCUCACAGAGUUGUUUUGGCACCACUUACAAGACAGAGAUCAUACAAAAACGUUCCUCAACCUCAUGCUAUCCUCUAUUACUCUCAGAGAGCCAUUGGUUCUAAUGGAGGACUUCUCAUAACUGAAGCUACCGGUGUCUCUGACACUGCUCAAGGGUAUCCCGAUACGCCUGGUAUAUGGACUAAAGAGCAUGUUGAGGCUUGGAAACCUAUUGUGGAGGCUGUUCAUGCUAAAGGUGCUACCUUCUUUUGUCAAAUUUGGCAUGUUGGAAGAGUUUCUGAUUCUGUUUAUCAGCCAAAUGGGCAAGCACCAAUAUCAUCUACAGACAAGCCACUUACACCGCAAAUCCGAAGUAAUGGUAUUGAUGAAGUGAAAUUCACACCACCAAGGCGGCUAAGGACGGAUGAAAUUCCAGGCAUUGUCAAUGACUUCAGACUUGCUGCAAGAAACGCUAUUGAAGCCGGAUUUGAUGGGGUUGAACUCCAUGGUGCUCAUGGCUACUUACUUGAACAAUUCAUGAAAGAUAAAGUGAAUGAUAGAACAGAUGAAUAUGGUGGAUCCCUUGAGAACCGUUGUCGAUUUGCUUUGGAAGUUGUUGAAGCUGUAGCAAAUGAGAUAGGAGCAGAAAGAGUGGGAAUAAGAUUAUCACCUUUUGCAGAUUAUGCAGAAAGUGGAGACUCCAAUCCCAAAGAAUUAGGACUUUAUAUGGCUAAUGCCCUCAAUAAAUAUGGUAUUCUAUAUUGUCACGUGGUGGAACCAAGAAUGAAAACUGUUCAUGAAAUAAUUGAAUGCCCUCACACCCUUGUGCCAAUGAGGAAAGCCUUCAAGGGCACUUUCUUGGUUGCAGGAGGUUACACUCGACCUGAUGGGAUUAAGGCCAUAGCUGAAAACAGAGCAGACCUUGUUGUUUAUGGUCGUUGGUUCUUAGCUAAUCCAGAUUUGCCAAAGAGAUUUGCACUGGAUGCUCCUCUCAACAAGUAUAAUAGGGAGACAUUCUACAUUUCUGAUCCAGUUGUUGGUUAUACCGACUACCCUUUCUUGAAUGAAGAAACAAGUGCUGUAACAUCCUAG